GGACCGGGGUUUUACAGCAGAAUCAGGGGGGUCUGCAUGUGGCAGGAGACCGCAGCACUAACUAAUAACCAUAUAAGGAUUUGAACAAGGUCUUUUCACUUUCGGGUUUACCUUUGAUGAUCACCGUUUGAUAAAAGCUAGAAUGGUGUGCAUCGUGCAACAGAGGGAUGGUGAUGCAUGCUUCAAUCCUCCAUAAUCCCCAUCUGUCUGUCUUUGUUGUUUGGAGCCAGCGUGGGUGUUGAUGUUACAUUGCAACUACUGAGUCACUGUUCCCUGUGCACACUGUGUGGAUGUUAGAGUUUGCAACAUACUGUGUGUAGAAAGAGCAGGCUCACUUUUUGAGCAUAAAGCCUAAACAUGGUGAGGCUGGAGCUGGAUCAGGUGGUGAUGAGGAGGAUGAAAGAGGACGACAUCGAGAUGGUCAAAGCCCUCAUCAAGGAGGGCUGCGAGGGCACAGAGAACCGUCUCAUCCUCCACAUCCUCACUCGUCCGCUCUGCCUCUUCAUCUUGGCUGUUUUCUCCUCAAUCCUGCGCUGUCUUGUCCACUCCUUUAUCCUGGCCCUUGCUAUUCCCGUCUUCCUACUAAUUGUCUUCCUCAAGAUCACCAUGCCGCGGUCCACAGGGGUUCUGGGCAGCAGCCGCCCCUACUGGGACUAUGUGGGCAGCAGCUAUCGGGGGAUGCAGGAUGAGACACUACAGAAUCCAUAUUGUAGGAUCAGCGGCAAGACACCACUGAUAAAAAAGUCAAGAAGCAGAAUCGGAUCUAAAGACAAGGACAAGGAGAUGUCGACAGAGAAGGUCACCCCAGAGAGGGAACAGGCGGCGGGACAGGUCUGGGUGGCUGACUGCGAGGGGGAGAUCCUGGGCUGCAUCUUCCGCGAGGCUGAGGCGCGAGCGGGCAUCAGGAGGAUCUGCAGGCUGGUGACAGGCUGCUGGUACCGCAGGGAGGGCCUGGGUCGGCUGCUGGUCCAGAGUCUGGAGCAGAGAGAGAGGGAGACUGGGGCGCACAGAGUGUACGCACAUGUCCCCUACCCCUCGAAGGUGGGCGAGGCCUUCUUCAAGAAACUGGGUUAUCGGCAGCUGGGGGAGGGGACUGAUGAAGAAGACGACAAGGAGGUGAAGCUGGAGAGUCCCGAGAGAGGCUUUCUGGGAUACCCCCUUACUAAGGUGUUUUACAAAGAUGUGUGAUUGAGUGAAGAAAGACUCAAGGAGUAAAGAAGGUUGCAGUUAGCCUAGGAAUGGUUAAAGGCAAAGAAGAGAUAACACAUGUGCAAACUCUGAUCUCUGCUGAAGGUGAUGGUGUCAUUGCUGCAACAUGUUUGGUUAUCUGUUUGUUAAGUUAAUAAUUUAUUGAAUAUUUCUGUUAUUUAUGCCAGUAUUUAUUUACUGUAUGUGUUGUGAGUUUGUUUUGACCUUUUUAUCAUUUAAAGCACCAUCUCUCCAUUUUCACAAAACAAAUGGUUGUUUAAGAAUCAUGAUGCUCAAGACAUGCUGUUCUGCAUCAUUUGUAAUUAAGUAAAAUAUUAACGUAAACGUC